AUGACGUCCCACGGGAUGGAAUACCUCUGUGGCUGGUUCAGAGGCCACCACGCCCAGCCCCGUGGCAACCAGCCACUCUGUGACAUCACCCCCGGGGCCAAGGGCAUCCUGGGCAACGUGAGUUCGGGGGGCAGGACCUGCGGGCUCCGGCCCAUGGCUUUUCGGUACGGCAUGUCGCGCGUCGUGGGUGGCACAGAUGCCCAGGCAGGGGCCUGGCCCUGGAUCGUCAGCAUCCAGAAUCCCUGGCAAGCGGGCACGGGUCAUACCUGCGGAGGCUCCCUCAUCAGCGCACAGUGGGUCCUGACAGCAGCCCACUGCUUCAUCGAGGCCAGCUACAUCACCAUGUGGCGCGUGGUGAUCGGUGCCACGCGGCUGACUCAGCUGGGCCCUGAGGCCCAGGUGCGCAACAUCAAGCGGCUGCUCCUUCACCAAGGCUACAGUAACAUCACGCAGAGGAACGACAUUGCCUUGCUGGAGCUGGACCAGCCUGUGCAGUGCAACGCCUACGUUCAGCUUGCCUGUGUGCCCGAUGCCUCGCUGAGAGUCUCGCAGCUGAAAAACUGCUACAUCAGCGGCUGGGGUGCCACGACUGCAAGAUGUGAGUACCGCGGAAGUACUCCUGGACGAUCAACGGAUGUGCUGCAGGAGGCCCAGGUCCGCCUCAUUGAUGUCAACGUCUGUAACAGCAGCCGGUGGUACAGAGGGGCCAUCCACACGCACAACGUCUGUGCUGGCUAUCCGCAGGGCGGCAUUGACACCUGCCAGGGGGACAGCGGUGGGCCUCUCGUGUGCCAAGACAGCAGUGCAGACUACUUCUGGCUUGUUGGUGUCACCAGCUGGGGGAGAGGCUGUGCCCGAGCCAGGCAGCCCGGAGUCUACACCUCCACUCAGCACUUCUACGACUGGAUCCUGCUACAGAUGGGCCUGCGCCCUGCAGUGAGGGCUACUCCAACAGCACGCGCUUGGAGUCAUUUUGUCACCACGUCAAGCCCCGUUCCGAGGCCAAGGCCCACAGCAGUGCAGUCGGGCGGCUCCUGCCCAUUUCCAGUCCAGAAGCUGCUGGACUUCUUUAGCCGGCUGCAGGAGCUCCUGCAGUACCUAAGGGGAAAAACGGUAGGCCACCACGCCCAGCCCCGUGGCAACCAGCCACUCUGUGACAUCACCCCCGGGGCCAAGGGCAUCCUGGGCAACGCGAGUUCGGGGGGCAGUAUGUUGGCGGCUGCACUAGGGACCUGCGGGCUCCGGCCCACGGCUUUUCGGUAUGGCACGUCGCGUGUCGUGGGUGGCACAGAUGCCCAGGCAGGGGCCUGGCCCUGGAUCGUCAGCAUCCAGAAUCCCUGGCAAGCGGGCACGGGUCAUACCUGCGGAGGCUCCCUCAUCAGCGCACAGUGGGUCCUGACAGCAGCCCACUGCUUCAUCGAGGCCAGCUACAUCACCAUGUGGCGCGUGGUGAUCGGUGCCACGCGGCUGACUCAGCUGGGCCCUGAGGCCCAGGUGCGCAACAUCAAGCGGCUGCUCCUUCACCAAGGCUACAGUAACAUCACGCAGAGGAACGACAUUGCCUUGCUGGAGCUGGACCAGCCUGUGCAGUGCAACGCCUACGUUCAGCUUGCCUGCGUGCCCGAUGCCUCGCUGAGAGUCUCGCAGCUGAAAAACUGCUACAUCAGCGGCUGGGGUGCCACGACUGCAAGAUGUGAGUACCCUGGACGAUCAACGGAUGUGCUGCAGGAGGCCCAGGUCCGCCUCAUUGAUGUCAACGUCUGUAACAGCAGCUGGUGGUACAGAGGGGCCAUCCACACGCACAACGUCUGUGCUGGCUAUCCGCAGGGCGGCAUUGACACCUGCCAGGGGGACAGCGGUGGGCCUCUCGUGUGCCAAGACAGCAGUGCAGACUACUUCUGGCUUGUUGGUGUCACCAGCUGGGGGAGAGGCUGUGCCCGAGCCAGGCAGCCCGGAGUCUACACCUCCACUCAGCACUUCUACGACUGGAUCCUGCUACAGAUGGGCCUGCGCCCAGCAGUGAGGGCUACUCCAACAGCACGCGCUUGGAGUCAUUUUGUCACCACGUCAAGCCCCGUUCCGAGGCCAAGGCCCACAGCAGCGCAGUCGGGCGGCUCCUGCCCGUUUCCAGUCCAGAAGCUGCUGGACUUCUUUAGCCGGCUGCAGGAGCUCCUGCAGUACCUAAGGGGAAAAACGGUGUGA